AGCAGUGCUGAGGCGGAAGUCGCGCGGGCGCCGGAACGCGCGCUGAGCCACGGGUCCUGCAGCAUCCAAGCCGCCGUCAUGGUGCGGAAGCUUAAGUUCCACGAGCAGAAGCUGCUGAAGCAGGUGGACUUCCUGAACUGGGAGGUCACCGAUCACAACUUGCACGAGCUGCGCGUGUUGCGGCGUUAUCGGCUGCAACGGCGCGAGGACUACACGCGCUACAACCAGCUGAGCCGUGCUGUGCGCGAGCUGGCGCGGCGCCUGCGGGACCUGCCGGAGCGCGACCCGUUUCGCGUGCGCUCCUCGGCCGCGCUGCUGGACAAACUGUAUGCUCUCGGCCUAAUCCCCACGCGCGGGUCUCUGGAGCUCUGCGAUUUCGUCACGGCCUCGUCCUUCUGCCGCCGCCGCCUGCCCACCGUGCUCCUUAAGCUGCGCAUGGCGCAGCACCUCCAGGCCGCCGUGGCAUUCGUGGAGCAGGGUCACGUGCGCGUGGGCCCCGACGUGGUCACCGACCCCGCCUUCCUUGUCACGCGCAGCAUGGAGGACUUCGUCACCUGGGUUGACUCGUCCAAGAUCAAGCGGCACGUGCUGGAGUACAAUGAGGAGCGUGAUGACUUCGAUCUGGAAGCCUAGCGGUCGCCAGGACUGCAUUUUAUUGAUGGGGAAGCUGAGACCUGAUGCUUGAGAUUCUGUGAAGGCGCCCUCACCGAGAGUGUGUCAGCCAAGAACUUGGCUCCUCAGCUACAGGCCCUCACAGAGCCAAAGGGUACGCCCUUUUUCCACAAAAUUUUCUUAGCCUUUGGACAAUUGGUAAUUAAAUGACUGCCUUAAGAGACAAUGGGAAGCGGUUUUGCGCUGCCCUGGGGAAUUGUUACAUUCUUGUACCCGAAACAUUGUAGUGUGAAAGCAAUGAUUUUUGGCGGGGGGGGGGCUACCCCGCCCCCAGCUUUCCUUUCAUUUCUUUGUAGCAGGACAGUUUAGUUUAAUUUGUAUUUAACCCGAAUUCUUGCGCUUGUUCGUGAUUAAGCUGUGUACAGAUGUUGGAGAGUUUGGUCUCAAGUUUUCAUAAAGUGAAUGAGAUUUUAGUGUUCAGAGUCCUUUCUCUCGUUUAAAAGAAUGCUCUCCUAAUGCCAACAAAUAGCUUAACU